AGUCCCAACAAGUUUCUAUAGCUCAACAAGCAGCAUCCAACGUACUACAGCAAUGUUUUGCAGCCUCCCGUAUGAAGACAAAGUAAAAAAGGAACCGAUUUGCAUUGUAAGCCAGCCUAAAGCUCAAAAGAAGGAAGAAGGUUCUACAGUAGACUUCCAGUUCAAGGUCCGAGGACAAGGCAAUUUGAUGUAUCAGUGGCUUAAAGAUGACAAUGAGUUACCAGGACAAAAUAGUGAUACUCUUGUCCUUAAAUGUAUUGAGCUGUGUGAUUUUGGUCAUUACCAUUGUCUUGUAAGCUCUCAGGAUGGAUUUUGCGGGUCGGUGAGGUCAAGCCCCGCUGAACUAGAUGUCAUACCGGUUGAAAGUCGAAAUGGAAUGAGGACUAAACUUUUACAAGAAGUGGACUUAUAUACCCGUGAUGAAGUUGCAUGUUUGCUCGAGAACAGUCGAUAUGGUCUUGGGGGCUGGAAGCAGGUUGCUGCUGAGUACGGCAUGAAAGAAAGUGACAUAGAAGGUCUUGCCAAUUCCAGGGAACGUGGAAAAGACGUCAUGGAGUUUCUGCGUGGUAGCAAACCAAACCUCACGGUCUAUAGUUUCUGCAAGGUGCUAAAGAAGCCUAAAAUAGGUCGUUUUGACAUCGUAAAGCUCUUGGAAGGUCACUUUUUACUUGAAAAGGGAAUUACGCAUUGUUAGAUGCUUUCGCAAGUACAAUUUUACGCUUUGUAUACCUGAUCCCGAGAGAAAAAAAACUAUUACCAUUAGAUUUUAAUUCCAGAUCAAGGUAAUGCAAUCAUUCCAGAAACUAUAUUCACAUGAAAACUGUUAAAAAAAUACCUAAUGGACGUUACGUUAGAUCUUUGAAGCAUAUCGGUAUUUGUCAAAUUACCUUUAUUUUUUCUUCAAGUUAUUAGAAUAAGUAUAUAUUCGUCAAAUCAAAACUGAAAAACUAACGUUUCAGUGUUUCGUUCCGUUUCCGGCCUAGAUUGAACAUUAAAUUCUCUAACCCUAACCCUAACCCAUGCCGCUACUAAUCACAGAAGAGUUCAACAAAUUCAUGCCAUUUUCCUUUGACUUAACUGAAGCAACGUUUCAGUAAACAGUCACGAAAGUUUAUUUUGAAAUCCUUUACAGCCUUGACCGGGAUUUUGGUUUUGGCCUGAUCAGAUGAUGAUGCAAAUUUUUUCUUUCAAGUGAUAUGGUGAGUCAUAUUUCUUAUAUCCGAAAUGAAUGGAUACGGCUUUCAUUUUAAAUUAUCCUACUUGAACCAGAUGUGAAAUGGAAUCUUUAAAAAUUUGACUUUCAAAUAUAGUAAAAACAUCGGCGACAAUUGUCGGUUUUGUCAAAUUUUUCCGUUCU